CAGAUACUGGGACAGGUGUGUGGCUGACGUGACGCGACAUUAAUAACUGGCUGCAGUGAUUUCUCGUCUCUUUCACUACACUGGAGGGAACCUGUACACUGCAACAGCUUGUGCUUCAUCAUCAGGACUAUGAGAUAAUAUGAUCCAUCCUUAUUUACAAUGGAAACACAGACACACAUGGAAAUGGCGCACAGGGAGAUCACACAGGAGAGAAGCAAAGAGCCGGCAGAGGAGAUCACGGAGGAGCGAUUCCUUAAAGAUCUCUACCUGUUCAUGAAGAAGAGAGAUACACCCAUAGAGAGGAUCCCAAACCUGGGCUUCAAACAAAUUGACUUAUUUGUGAUGUUCAAGGUUGUCAAAAAGUUGGGUGGCUACCAUCAGGUGACAGCUCAGCAGCUGUGGAAACAAGUGUACAACACGCUCGGAGGAAACCCACGCAGCACAAGUGCAGCCACCUGCACCCGCAGGCACUACGAGAAGCUGCUGCUGCCAUACGAGUGCCACACGACAGGCGUACUUGUCAAUGUGUUGCCACGUAAUCAGCCGAAGCACUUCCACUAUUUCAAAGAGCUCGAUGAUGGCCAGAGGCCGGCAAAACGCAAACUGCUAUCAAUACCUCUGCACCAGAACCAUCACAACCUCCAGUCAGACCGACAUGGGAGUGUCUUCCCUCUGCCGCUCCACUACCCUCACUACUAUCACCCAAGCCACACAGUUCUGCCCCCGCAUGUCCCUAUCUCCUCCUCAGUGAUGACCCCACAUACCCCGCCGGCCCCAAAACCCUGGGUCCCUCUCCCUCCAUCUCAGCUUGACCCCACAGACAGGCUUAAGGAGCCACUGGAGCAGUUGCGCUACCUGGCAGAACAGUACAAGACCACAUCUGGACUGACUGAGCCUCUGAACCUUAGCGUUAAAGCAUCCAGGCAAGAAUCCAACGGCAGCCCCGCCUCAUCGUUUACCCCAACUUCAUCCAGCAAGAACCCAAAGUUUUUGAACAAACCAUCACCUCUGUAUACUCCUCAUCGACCACAGGAGGUGAGAAGUGAUGGAUGUGAGACACAAGGUGGUGAGGCAGGUGUGGUAGACACAACAUACCCGGAAAAAGCCAGGGAGGCAUAUGACAUUGAUGUUAAAGCUGUAACAGCCUCAAGCAGCCCCACGUAUGAUUCUGCUUGCAGAGCAGAGAAAGGUGGCACCACAGUGGAACAAAAACCGAGCUCUCCGCAAACAGACUUUACAAUCCGGCCAAAAGAGGAGUGGGAGAGGAGUCCAGAAGUAAGGGAGCUAAAUCUCAGCCACCUACAGCCCAGCCUCCCUCGAGAGAAUGGGGGCAAGAUGGAAAUUGAGGUACCGCUGUCUGUGUUCCAUAACUGGCUCAGGCUGUGUGGCUCCUCCGCCCUGAUGCACGGAGCGAAGCAGCUACCUACUUUCCCUCCACAGGAUGAAUAUUCAGGGCAAAGAAAUUGCUCCGACACAGACGUCCUCCCCACCAAUCUGACAUUUCAGAUCAAUCACAACACCGGAGCUCUGUGCCUGAGGAUCUGCGGCUGACGCAAAGGAAUUUGCCAAGCCCCAUACCAACCAGCCAGAUUACCAGUAAUCAACACAAUACAAGCCAAAAUCAUUUCUCCACCUACAAGCCUUUGCCUUCAGGUGGCAUUCUGAAAAAUGCAGCAAGCCGGGACGUCUAUCCGGUUAAUCAGCAAGAUGUCAAUAAGUCACACAGCCCCCAAGGCCAAAGUUGCUGGGAUGCCUUUGACAAAGAGACCCAGGCUCCUCUCAUCAAAGUGAGUAUUGACUCUAGUCCCUGCACAGAUCAGCAAGACUUUGCUUCUUAUAAUGAAGACACAGUCCAGGGAGCGAAACCAGACAUGGCUCCCUCAGCUGUGCUCAUGGUAAAUCCCAGCUCCGC